AUGCGCGACGGCAUCUGUCUCUCGUACCUCCGAAACACGUUGUUCGAAGUCGAUCCGCGAGACAGGCUGCCUCCGUGGGUCGGAUUCCGUGCCGCGGACGACGAUGCGGGAUGGCGAUUGCCCUUGUCCCUUCAGUGUCUCCAGGCCCUGGCGAAGGCGUAUCUCGGCCAAGUGCAGGGCGCGCCGGCCGUCUCCAGGGAAGGAUCGCGCUUGUACGUGGCGUCUCUUGCACGGCUCAAUCGCGAGCUUCGUUCGCUACGAGCACCACCACCACCACCGCCGCCACCGCCACCAUCGGACCAGGAGCCAGCGGUGCGAAGGAGCAAGAACAGAACCAAAAGUGAAAGCGAAAGCGAAAGCCAAAGCCCAAGCACAUGUGAAACCGGCGACGAUGACAAUGUGCUGGCCAUCUUGAUUUUGGGAGCUUAUGAAAUGUUCGUCCUGUCCAGCUCGACCGGCUGGAUCGACCACGCACUCGGCCUGGGUAGCGUCCUCGAAAUGCGCGGGCCGCACGCUUUCGUCGCCAGCGCCAACAACAGUCUCGCCCACACACUCCUUGAAUCCUCCCGCUUCCUCAUCAUACUCGCCUCCCUCGCCGUGUCAAAGCGCACGUUUCUGUCCCGGGACGAAUGGAAAACCAUUCCGUGGUGGUGGUGGUCGUCGUCGAACGGCAAAAGCCCUGAUGGCCCCCAGGCAUCGAAAAGUGCCGCGGACUUGCUUCUCGACAUCUUCGCCGACCUGCCGGGCCUGAUGGAGCAGCGAGAGCGAGAACGGGAGCGAGCGCGAAAACGAAAACAAGGACGAGGACACGAACGACGCUGCGAUGAGGCUGAGGAUCUCUACGACCUACGCACGAAAGCAUCCAAGGUCCUUAACGACCUCUUAGCCUGGCGACGCGUUUGGGAUUCAAGUCCCGAGGGCCAGAUCACAACGAAAGAUAGCGCAGCAGUUCUAUCAUCUCGUCGAGCAGCGUCGCCGUCUCAAUUCUUCGACUCGACCGUGCUAAGUUUCACCUCCACCCAUGCGGCGACGUAUACAUGUCUGUACGAUGCCGCGCUGAUCCUGGCCAUUGAGCUUUUUCUCACCAGUACUACGCCUGGCGUGUCUCAAGCGUUCCCUCCGCCGCCAACACCACCGUCAUCGUCGUCGUCUUCGUCAAGACUCUUUGAAGAGAAGGAGGAGGACGACGAUGCACGCAUGCGAUCCCUCUCCCGCACCGCGGCCGUCGAAAUCUGCCGUAGCAUCCCCUUCCAACUCUCCCGCACGAGCUCUCUGACGGGCCAGUUUCUAGUGUUGUACCCUCUACGCAUGGCGUGGAAAGCGCUCGGCGGGAUGCGCGCCGGUGGCACCACCACCACCACCGAGGCGCGCUGGGUGCAAGAUCUGCUCGACGAGUUCGGCAAGGAUCCGAGGAACCAGUGGGGUGUCCUGAGGCAGACCAUCACCCAUGGCAUUACCAGUCCCAGUCCCGCUUGAUGCUACUCAGGAACAGACACUCAGGGUAACCCCUGUCCCACUGGUCCUUGAGGCUGAGAUGCACGUCGAUACCAACAAGGCGGACUUGAUAUUCACGAGGAAGUCAUCGUCGCCAUCGCCACGCGACCAGCCCUGUCCUGCUUAAGCCCCCAUGGAGCUCGUCGCCAACAUCAUGAUAUACCAUUCUAGAUGCCAGGAAGAAGGAAGCCAGGUUCAAGAAAAU